AUGCUGCUCUAUUCUCCCACCCAUAUAGCUCUAGCUGCUUUCAAAUAUGCUUUGGAUGCCCAGGCGCGUGCCGUCGAGUUGACACGGGAAUUUCUGCAGCGGAUAAGCGGCGUCGAUGAAACUCACCAUGGCAAAGAAUAUGAAAGUCAUUUGGAGCUGAUUUUGUACGGCAGCCUGAAGGAGGCGUAUAAAGAGCAAUUUUACGCUCGGCUUUCCGGUCUGUGUGACAAAGGAUACCGGGAAUUUCACGAGCACGAGCUGAGCUUUAGCCUCAAAGUUGGCGGGCCGAUGUCGAUGGGAUCGGAUGUGACAGUUCGGUUACGACGUGAGUUUCAUAGUGAUGCCUUCCAUCCGACAGCGAAUAAAUGGCAUAUGAGGUAUAUCGGCACGCCAGAGCCAAUCGCACACUGCCCGGUUAUCGUCAGAAAAGUGAUAGAUUCGGUGGUAUCUUCGAACAACAUGAUGGAAUUUGUGAAAAGCUUAGGAUUACGUAUGGAUUACGAGUAUAUCACGAAGGGACGCGUCUACACAAAUGGCGGUUUCAAGGUUAUCGUUAACGAUUUGCGGAAAACGGAAACGCCUGGAAAAUAUGAGCAAGGACUGAAGCCGAUCUCUACAGCCGAAUCGCUUUUGAUCGAAGUAGCCACGUCACUUCCCGAGUCUGCGGACUAUGAUAAGGAAGCGAAAAUGCUUCGUGCUUUUGCCGAUCAACUGCGUCCGCUUGUGAAGAUGGAAAAGAUCGACUACUGGAAGAAA